UUGCUCCACAAAGCCCGUUAUCAAGAUGGCGUCUUCCAUGAACAGCGCGAAAGGUGGAGUUUAACAACAGAUGUGGGGGUGAAAAUGUUCUAAUAUCAACAAUAUUUAUAAAGCAUCUUGAAAUGAUCUGCAUAAUUUCUAUUGUGGCAAAAUGAUGGCAUCUGAAGAGAAGCAAACGGAUGAGGUCUCCAAAAUGGAAGAAUCAGUUUCAGAGAAAGGAACUGAAGAGACAGAAACCAAACAGGAAGCAUCGGCAGACACAGCAAAGGAGCAGGAAAAAGAAGUCAAGAUGGAAGUGGAAGACACUCCGGCGGAGGAUUCAUCCAAGGUCAUGACUGAGGUUCCUAUGGAAACUGAGCCAGCACCACCUCAAACCAAAGAGGAAAGUCCAAAGAUAGAAGAAAACCCCAAGAUGGAAGAAACUUCUGUAAAGGAUGACAGUAGAGAGCAGGAAACCAUCAAUGAAGAAGAUAAAGUUCAAGACAAAGUGACUGAAGAAAAAGCUGACGAUGAACUAGAAAAACAGACCAUCUGUGAGGACAAAGAAACUGAGGUGAAAACCACAUCACCUCCAGAUCCAGUUCCAUGUAAUGAUGAGGCAGUGGAGGCCACUGAAGAACUGGAUGAGGAUUGGGAUGUUCUUGGAACAGAUGAUGAAAAGGACGAGACAAGGAAGAAGAAAACCUCCGGAGUCUGGAUGCCAGACGUCAACGUUAUCAUUGAUCUGUAUCAGAAACUGGACAAAGAAGGUGUGCUGGAGCUUCAGUGGAAAUGUCCUGGCAGACGUCCACCUCCAGAGGAGAUAGAUGAGAAAAAAGAGGAGACACCGAUGACGGAGACAGAGUUGGAGAAACCAGAAGCAAAAGAGGAGAAACAGGAAGAGGAACCUACAGAGUUUGAUUUUGAUGUUGAUGCUCCAUCUGUCACUAACAUGGCUCCUAGACGAACACCAGGAAGCGGCCAAGCCCUGGGAAGUGGUAAAAAGAGAGUUGCCAGGAUGGACAAGAUCUUUGACGACAUGCUCCGACACAAGAGGAUAGACGAGGAGCUAGCGAGAGUAGGGGACGAAGCGGACGACACCCUCAAUCGAACAGACACAACUCCACAGAGACCAGUGGGGAAAUUCAGGAUAAGGAAGGAUUUCUGACACGAAGAAGUCUUAUGUGAGAGUUUGAGUUGGAAGUUCUUCAUACUUAUGGUGGAGAAGAAAUGCCUUAAAACCUAAGGAGAGAGUGUAAAGGGGCUGCACAAGGCAGGAGCAGAGGAACACACAUGAACUCAGGUUUAUUUUGUUGUACCUAAUGGGAUUAUGGAAGAACUGUGUCAAGUGCAGGUCACGCAGAGUAGAGAACUUUGGAGUCAUAGAAGUGGAGAUUACCUUCCUUGCUCAAGCACCCCUCAUUAUUGUACACGUAUUGUACACGUACACGUGACAGACAUGCAAGUGCCUCGGGGUUUCUUGCGUCUGGGUAGCCAGCACAACAAUGCGUCUGGUUGUGCACAUUUAGAUGAAAGUCAGUCGGGUGACUUGGCACAGUGAGCUGCAUGUGUUGGCUUAGUUUUUUAAAGCAAAUUAUCCCAUCCUUCGUUACAAUAAAUCUGUGACUUCAGCCAAAGUACGUAAGGAAUCUACCAGGUGUAGCUGUAGAAGAUUCUAGGGUGGCAGGAACAAGUAACAAUGUCAGGUCCAACCAAAAUGUUACCUUUUUUAUUGAUUGAUAUUUUUGUCAAAUAUUUUAAAGGACGUGUGUUGUAAAGAAUAGUGAAAUAAAAAGAGCUGAGCAGUUCAGUUUCUCAAGAUUUUUUUCACUGGCAAAUGUUCAAAGCCCCAUUCCCUCUUUCAGGAACUUGUCUGGUCUGACAUUACUCCUCUAAAAUGUUGAAGACAAUUGGGGAAAGUGAUUUUUGGGUGUGAGGAUAGGUAGGAGUCAUUCCUAACCUUUCCACUCAAUUUUGGCGCCCCCCCCAAGGGUACCCAAGCCUGAGGUGUGUGCUGCCUCUGAAUAGCCAAACCCCACAGUGUACAAGUGUGAAUACUGUGUGUGUGUGGAUAAGUUACUUCAAGAAGUUUUUGUAAAAUUAUUAUUAGAUCUUUUGUAUUUGUACAAACCUUUAUGAAAUCCUACAGCUUUCAAAAACCAUGUCUGUGAAGUAUUUGUGGGAAUAAAAAAUUGAAAUCUCUAUCAUACAUUGUGAUUUCAGUCGAAAAGUCA